GGCAUAAUAAUAAUUUAAUUAAUUAUUGAACACAUGGCAAUUGAAGACUAUACUCUUCUUUUGACUGAUGAGCUGCUAACUGGGUCUGUGGAUAUCUGGAGUUAGAUUUUACUUAUAGGCCUAGCCCCUCCCCCCUCUCCCAUGCUGCUCUCUGCCUGGUUGGCCAGCUCGGCUCUCAAGGCAGUCCAGAGACAGCACUUAAAAAUGUCAUCGAUUGUAAAUGCUCACAUCCAAGUACUCGGCACAGGAGUCAAUGAACUAGCACCAUCGUUUUACCUCUUCACUGACAGUAAACGCUACGUAUUCAACUGUGGAGAGAACUUUCAACGAUUUAGAAGUGAAUUUCGACUCCCGCUGACAAAAUUGAGUUUUUUCAUCACCCACGUAUCGUGGAGAAACCUCGGUGGAUUUGCCGGAGCAGCCAUGAGUUCAAGAGACCAUGGAGUGCCUAGUCUGCCUCUGUAUGGACCAGAGAAGCUCGAGGAUUUUGUUGAGCUAACUCGUUACUUCACUGGAAGUAAGAAAAUCAAACUGCUCACACCCUGGAGUGCGGAAGGAUCAAAAACUAUGUCCCCAGACGUUUAUGAAGACGAAAAUGUGAACAUUAGAACAGUUUCACUUUAUUCGAGUGAUUCACAUUCUGAUAGCGAUCUUUCAGGAAGUCCUCAAUCUAAGCGACUCAAGGUGUCCAGUAACACCGCUGCUUUUGUGUGCAAGUUGAGCGAUGUACGAGGCAAGUUCGACGUUGCCAAGGCAAAGGCUCUGGGAAUUCCCCCUGGACCCAUAUACAAGCAGCUAACUGCCGGGAAGAGUGUAACUUCAACUGAUGGUAGAGUGGUUCAACCCCACGAGGUGUUGGGGUCUUCAAGAAUAGGUCCAGUGAUGAUUGUUGUGGAAUGCCCUGAUGAGAGUUACAUCCCGUCUGUUGUCUGCAAUCCGUUGCUAAGCAUUGAGGGGUUCUCAGCGUCCAAUCAGAUUGUAGCGCUUAUUGUGCACAUGUCUCCAGCUCAUAUCCUCAAAGACCAACAAUAUCGGAAAUGGAUCGAAUCGUUCGGUUCGACCACAAAACAUCUUAUUCUGAACGAAAGCAUGUGUCCAACAGAACUUGCUCUGAGACGAUAUCUAAAAGUCCAAGUACCAUUGCAUCUAAUGAAUCCAUCUGUCUACCACCCUCCUGCCAACACCCCAUCAAUGGCCACUGCUCUGGAGUAUCUCCCCAGAGAAUCUAUUGUAUAUGGACAAACACUCCUCAAGUAUCACCUCAAACCAGCUACAAGGAUCGGUGAAGAUGGAAGUGCAACACUUGGAUCACUGUCUGAUGAGUAUCACAAGCACCUACAAGAGAUUGAGGCUGACAAAUUGUUAAUGAAUUCUAUUAAAUCUUCAGUAUCAAAUGCUGGAAACAAAAAGACUGCUGAAUCAAAGAAAUCAGUUCCAAGCAAACCACUUGUUCCAAAACCAACUGAAACUGAUAAUCCCAUUCUGACGUUCCUUGGGACUGGCUCUUCAGCUCCUACUUGUUAUCGGAAUGUGACUGGUAUUCUAGUGCAAACUGCUUCAAAUGGAAAUGUACUCUUUGACUGCGGUGAAGGAAGUUUGUCGCAAAUCUACCGUUGUUUUGGAACAGAACGUGGCAAUGAAAUUGUUCGAAAUAUUGAUGGGAUAUUUAUUUCGCACAUCCAUGGUGACCACCAUUUGGGACUCCUGAGCGUAUUAUUGAGGAGAGAGCAGCUACAACAGUCUAACAGGGACCCGCCAUUACUCAUUGCUCCUGAUCUACUCCUCACCUGGCUCAGACGUUACAGCCACACUAUACAGAAAGUGUCCUAUCGAUCUGUGGACUGCAAAGCCUUGGAGAAGAGCUCUACAACUAAGCCUGUGUUUAGCAUACCUACAGAAUUGGAUUUUGAGACUGUGCCAGUGCUACAUUGCAAGUCAGCGUAUGGGGUUAUCAUGCGGCAUGCUUCUGAUUGGUCGAUUGUCUACUCAGGUGACACUAGGCCUUGUCAAGCUCUCGUCGAGGCUGGUAGGGGGACUAAUCUGCUUAUUCAUGAAGCUACUUUCGAAGACAAUCUGGUGGAAGAUGCGAAGACGAAGAUGCAUUGUACAUUUGGAGAGGCUUUGGAAGUUUCGUCUAAGAUGUGCUCAAAGUUUACAGUGAUGACACACUUUAGUAGUCGGUAUCCAAGGAUUCCUACUGUUCUCAUGGACGCUCGAGUCGGCUCUAAAGUGGGUGUAGCCUUCGAUUGUAUGAGUAUUGGACUGAAAGAUCUGGAAUCGCUUUGUGUUGAUUUGCCUGUCCUGAAGAAGAUAUUCAGUCAUGUGACAGAGGAGGGUGAAGAGGAACAAAGCGUGUCGUAUCAAGACUGGGAACAUGAGGACGCUGCAGCAUAGUGUGUGUGUGUAGUAAUUGAUAUUUGAUUUGCAUUCUUUUCCAUUAAUUAUUUUCACACUUAUAAUGUUUGUUUCGAAGUAAGA